AUGGUAUCGGCGGCGGUGUUUUCGUUGCUGCGUGGAUGGCAAGGCGUCUGGAUUGUCCUAUGUUCAUUGUUUGUGAUGGCUGUGGUUGUUGAGGAGGGAGAAGAGUACAAAAAAGAUGGGACUGACUUCGCUGCUGUUAAGACUCCGAUAGACGGCCAGAGCGAACUACAUCAGAGUUGCCGGAAAAAUGCUCUUGGCCUGUUCUACGAUCUGAAGAAGGAUCGAAUCUUCGUUAUCCUCGAGCAGAAUUCCAAGCUCGAUGACGACGACGAAAAGCUUUUGAACAUCGCAGAUCCUGUCAGCAAGUUUCCUAUAGCCUAG